GGCAAAGGGUCUUGUUUAGAAAAUUUACGCAUGCACCGCACUAAAUGCACUAAACUAAUUUUAAAUGUAAUAUCACCAUCAAUUGUUGAACAACUUGUUAGCGAUGUCGGUAAUAAAGGAUAUUCUCUUAUUGUGGAUGAAUCUACUGACAUAUCAGUAUCAAAAUAUAUGGCUUUCUGUAUAAGGUAUCACAGUGAAAGUUUGAACCGUAUUACUAUUGAAUUUCUUGGGUUAGCUAUUGUUGAACGUGCCACAGCAGAUGCGCUUAGAGACAUAACUAUUGAAUUUCUAAACGAGUUAAAACUAAAACCAGAAAAUAUAAUUGGCAUAGGUGUUGAUGGUGCAAGUAAUUUAUGUGGGCAAAAUCAUUCCUUAUAUACUCUUCUUCGUGAAAUUUCCCCAAAAAUUCAAUUGAUAAAAUGUAUUUGUCACUCACUGAAUACGUGUUCUUCUAAAGCUUCAGAAAAAAUACCUACACAUAUUGAAUUCCUGUUGCGUGAAUCUGUUUCAUGGUUUUCACAUAGUCCACUGAGACAGAUGGAGUACAGUACAUUGUAUAAAACACUUAAUGGUGAUGGUUCAAAACCAAAAAAAUUAAAAAAGUUGUGUGCUACUAGAUGGCUUGCUUAUUAUAAUUGUAUUAGUAUUAUAUUAGAACAGUGGUUGGAGUUAAAAACAUGCUUUGGAAUGGCUGCUCUUAAAGAAAAAUGUCAUAGUGCUCAGAUUUUAUCAAACAUGUAUAAAGAUGAUUCAAAUCUUUUAUAUUUGACAUUUUUAAAACCAAUUUUGAGAGAAGUGACAGAUGUCAAUUUGUUAUUUCAAAGUGAUCAUGUAGAUUUGACAAAAGUUUAUGGUGAUCUUAAAAGUUUAUUAAUAGCAACUUCUAAACGAAUAAUAAAACCAAAUUUUCUAUGUUAUGAUGAAGUUCCAACAGCAUUGUGUGUAGAAGAUGUUGAUAGAGUUGCCAAUGCUUUAAAAAAUAAACUUGCUUUAUUGCCGUUAGAUGCAGUUGAUUUUGGCUAUGCUUUUUCUAUUCUUGCUGAUAAAAAAACUAUUGCUUCGAGAGAUCUUCAAGUUGUUAAGUCUAACUGUGCAAACUUUAUAGUUAGUCUUUGUGAACAAUUAGUUAAUCGCUUACCGAAUAAUGUAAGAAUUAUAAACCAGCUAAAACAUUUCAACCCAAGAACAAUAUUUUCUUCAGAGCCUCCAGCAUUUAAAGAUUUGCCAUUAGAGCUUGCCAAAGCUAAUGUAGAUCUGGAAGGUAUGGAAACCCAGUGGAAUAGACUAUUAACAUUACAAUAUAAAGAUAUAUGUAGUUUUUCAAUUCCGAUUCAGAGUAAAGAUACAGCUGAAUUUUGGAUUGAUGUUUCAAAGUUAACAAACAGUAACGGAGAAAAGAGUUUUCCUGAUAUAUCAGAAUUUGCUUUGCAAAUUCUCUCAUUACCAUUGGCUAACGCUUCUGUAGAACGAGUUUUUAGUAUUAUGAAUGCUGUCAAGACAAAGGCGAGAAAUCGCAUGCAAAUGUCAACAUUAGAAGCAAUUAUAAGAUUACGUCUUCAUUUUUAUUCCAGAAAAAUAUGUUGCAAGGACUUUGAGCCAACCGAGCUGAUGAUUAAAAAAUUUAAUUCGUCAAUAUAUGAUUCAAAAUCAUUAAAUGAAGAACUUGAAACAGUUGAAACGGAAUCACUCAUUGAUGAAGCUAUGGAAUUAUAUAUAUUAUAAGUUACUGAACUAUAAGUUUACAAAAAUAUUACUUAUCUUUAAUCUUUUAUUUUUUGUCAACAAUAAAAUAAAAACAUAUUUUGCUCUCUAA